ACUAGGCACAUCCCGCCCGCGACCCCUCGCGCGGCAGCCAAUGGCUAUCGAACACGACAAUUUAAAUUUUAUUCCUGCGCGCGCACUACAAAUCUAGUUUUUCUAUUGUUUUUCUUUUCUGUCAUUCGAUUCGAUUUCUGUUUUUUCAUUAUAUCAAUUUGUAAGAACAAAGAAAAAUAUAAUUAUCUAAUUCUUAGCUCCAAGUAUUUUAUUUUAACUACUUAUUAGUUCCGUAACGAACAUAUGGCGACCGUUUUAUAGUCAGAAUCUGCAAUCAGCAAGCAAAACUAAAUAAAUUAAAUGGAAUCCGAUGUACCAAGUUGAUCAACGCCAGCCAACCAGUCGAGCUCACUGCACGUAGCGACAACAUCACUGCAGCCAGCGCCUAGCCUACCUCGAGCCAAGUGGACAUCUACAUUGUGACCACGUCGACCAAGCACUGCCGGCCUGCUUAUAUUUUUUUUGUGAGCCCGUUCCAACCUAAGAUUUUUCAAGAAAUCUAUUUUCCAGUUAUUUUACAGCGAAAACCCGAUCUUAUUCAAGUUAAUUGCAAGUUUUAGCAAGCGUAUUCUUUCCUAAUAUCCCUUUGUGCAUGCCUCUAUUGGUACGCCGUGUACUUAGUUGCUAUUCGUAUCAUUCCAGUGCUUUCAAUCGUGGUUCAGGUGCUACCCUAUCUCGCACGCCUUUGCCUGUGUUUUUCUCCGACCGCCCUAAGCGCCGGUGCACGGGUGCCUAUUGUGCCGCCUGUACUUCAGCUUGACCACGCGCUGACGGCCGCUUGCCGCAUCUGCACUCUUAGGCUACCAAAAUAAAGGGACGUAAGCGUAUGCAAUUUGCUUGCUAUUUGUUUGUUUAGUGUUGGAUAUUCUCAUUACAUAAAUUCAAAAUGACUGAAGAAGAAGCAAAAAAGAAGUACAAUGAAUUGAUUAGAAAACGCGGUUCAAUUAAAGGACGUCUAACUAAAUUUAAAAAUAGUCUUGAUAUUUUGUUAUCUUUGGAAACAAUGUCUGAAUUCGAAAUAAGUAAACUAGUAAUGAGAUUAUCUAAAUUCGAAGCGUUGUUCGUUGAUUUCGACGAGCUGCAAGUUCAAUUAGAAUCUUUAUGUGACGAUGCCCAACAAGCUGUCGAACUUGAAAGCCGUGAUAUCAUUGAGCAAGAAUUUUAUCAUUGCAUUCUUACUGCUCAGAAUUUGAUUAAGGCAAAUAUAGACAACAACGAUGCUGCUAGUAUUACAAAGACAACUCCUUGUCAUCAUGACAGCAAUUGUCACAGCCAUAUGCCUAGUUUAAAACUGCCAGUUAUUCAAAUACCUAAGUUCGACGGUGCAUACUCUAAGUGGUUGGAGUUCAAGGAAACAUUUGUCUCACUCGUUCACAAUAACGACAAAAUUGAGAAUGUUCAUAAGUUUUACUAUUUGAAUUCGUACUUAGAGGGCGAAGCCGCUAGAGUAAUGGCAAAUUUUGAAGUUUCAAACCAAAAUUAUUCUCAAGCUUGGAAACUUUUAUGCGAACGAUUUGACAAUAAACGCCAAUUAAUAAACAACCACUUAAAGUCUUUAUUUAAUUUCGAAUCUGUGCGAGAGACCGAUAAGUCGCUUGGAUUUGUAAUUGACCAUGUGACCAAAAACUUACGCGCGCUCAGCACGCUGGGUUUGCCUACUACACAGUGGGAUGUUUUGGUAAUUUAUAUCGUAUCGUCAAAGUUAGAUACCAGUACUCUUUACAAAUGGGAGGAGAAACGAAAUACUCUAGGCGACAUACCAACUCUCGACGACUUUUUUAGUUUUUUGAAGGGCCGAGCUGACGUUUUAGAAACCGUCAACCGUCAUAAGUAUGAAAAAGACAAGGGGAAGCAAGGCUCAUCGAAUUCCAAACCUUCCACUUAUAAAUCGUUUGUGUCUAUCAAGGAGAAUUCGCCUAAUUCUUUUUCCUGCAUUUUGUGCAAAUCAAAACAUCGCCUUUACGAGUGCAAUUCUUUCAAGUCGAAGACUCCAGAUGAGAGGUUGUCUAUCGUUGACACUAAUAAAUUAUGUCACAAUUGUUUGCGAAGUGGUCACGCCGCUGAUCGUUGUCCUUUAUUAGGGUCUUGUCGUCAUUGCAAGAAACGUCAUAAUAGUUUGCUGCACAAAUCGAAUGAAAGUUCUAAUAACUCUAUAUCAAUGGCAGUAAUGUCAUCUUCUGAAAUUCUUCUCUCUACUGCAAGGGUUAGAAUUACUAAUCCAGUCACUAACGACGCGAUCAUAGUGCGAGCUUUACUAGAUAGCGGAAGUCAAUCUUCGUUUGUCACAGAAAACGUUAGACUUCAGUUGAACUUGACACCCCUACCGACUAACACUAAUAUCGUAGGAAUUGGUGAUACACCACUAAAAUUAAAUACAGAGCGCUGUGUGCUCACUAUGUAUUCACAAUCUAGCCAAUAUGAGACCUCAAUGUCUUGCCUUGUUCUACCUACUAUUUCAGGCAACAUUCCAAAAAUGGCUUUUGACAUAAGUCAACUCAAUUUAUCUCAGUUUCAAUUGGCUGAUCCCAGCUUCAAUGAACCAUCUCCUAUAGAUAUGCUAAUUGGUGCAGACCUGUUCUGGGAAAUUAUAGGCUCCAAACAGCAUAAACUAAAUUCUGGAUUACUUCGUUUACACGAAUCUAAAUUGGGAUGGCUCGUCGCGGGUCCCAUGCAACCUAUUCCUAUUCCUACUAAAGAAAGCGCCACGCCUAGCUAUAAGCCUAUUAUGUGUAACUUUCUACUAAAGGAAACUAAUUUGAAUAGUCUAAAUGAUGAACUCUCCAAAUUUUGGGAGCUUGAGAGCUUCCCUAAAUCCAAUUCUCUCACUAUAGAAGAGAAACUAUGCGAAAAACAUUUUGUUUCUAAUACGACUCGCACUAGUGAGGGUCGUUUCUGCGUCACUCUACCCCUUCGUGACAGCCCUAGCUUAUUAGGCGAUUCACGCAGUCUAGCUCUAAAAAGAUUCUUCAAUCUGGAGGCUCGCUUUAGGAAGCAACCAGCUUUGAAGGCUCUCUAUGUCGAAUUUAUAAAUGAGUAUAAAAAUCUCAAUCAUCUAUCUGAAUAUUCAGAGCCUAAUUCUAAAAAUGUUUAUUAUCUGCCACACCAUCCUGUUUUUCGAGAGCAGAGCGAGUCAACAAAACUUCGCGUUGUAUUUGAUGCUUCCGCACGCUCUUCUUCUGGUGUGUCCGUCAAUGACCUACAAAUGGUAGGCCCAACAGUCCAAAAUCCUCUUUUCAAUAUUCUAGUUCGUUUCCGACAACAUAAGUAUGUUCUAACUGGAGACAUCGAAAAAAUGUUUCGACAGGUUCUAGUCAACGAGUCAGACCGCGAUUUGCAACUCAUUUUGUGGCGGGAUGACGAAAGUAAGCCCAUAAGAACAUUGAGAUUGGACACAGUCACUUAUGGCUUUGCAAGCGCUAGUUUUUUGACAACACGUUGUCUCUGGCAGGUCGGUGAAGAAUGUAGCGAUUCUAUUGUAAAAACAAUCAUUCAAAAUGAUUUGUACUGUGAUGAUAUUCUUACAGGUGCUGAUACUCCAGAUCAGCUACGUUAUAUUCGGAACUCGAUCUCCAGUGAAUUUGCAAAAGGUUGUUUUCGCUUGCGCAAGUAUAGGUCUAACUUGCCCGAGUUGUUGUCAGACUCUCUCAGUCAAGAAGAAGGAGAACUUACCAUUAGCAAUGCCACAAGUACAUUAGGUAUUGGUUGGCUUCCUUCUACCGAUGAGUUUAACUUUCCACACGUACUAGAGCCCGAGGAUAAUAUUACUAAGCGAAAAAUAUUGUCUUCAACCUUUAAGGUGUUUGACCCUCUUGGGUUACUUUCACAUUGGACUAUAAAGGCCAAAAUUCUACUUCAAGAGUUGUGGAGUCAUAAAAUUGACUGGGAUGAACGUGUACCCCCUGAAAUCGAGUCUGCAUGGUUAAUUUUUGCACAGGGUUCGUCUAAGCUUUCAUCUUUACAUAUUCCCAGGUACGUUUUAUUAGAUAAUCCUACAACUGUUGAAGUGCAUUGUUUUUGUGAUGCCUCACAGCGCGCCUAUGGUUGUUGUAUCUAUUUGAGAUCUUCUAAUGCCGAGGGUAAAGUCGUUACAAAUCUAUUAUGCGCUAAAUCGCGUGUAGCUCCACUUAAAUCCACGACAAUACCACGUUUAGAGCUAUCGGCCGCAGUACUGGGUUCAGAACUCACCGCUACAAUUACUGAGGCUCUACGGUGCUCUAUAACCCGUCAUGUAUAUUGGACGGAUUCAACCAUUGUGUUAGGGUGGUUAAAUUGUAAAUCUAAACUGAAAACUUUUGUAGCUAAUAGAAUAGCUACAAUUCAAGAACUAACAGAUCCCAAAUCGUGGCGUUAUGUGCCCACCAAUCAAAAUCCAGCUGAUCUUGUGUCUCGUGGAGUAGACUCCGAUCGAGUCAAUGACCCUAUAUGGUGGAAGGGUCCAUGUUUCCUUAGAGAACUUGAGACAGCCUGGCCUACUUUCGAUGAUAAUGUAGAGACUAAUUUGCCUGAGUUAAAGACUCACCCUGUCUUUGUGGGGGAGGCUGCGUCUUCCUCGCAAGAUAGCGAUAUAAUUCCAUUUAGUAAUUUUUCAAGUUUUUCCAAGCUUCAAAGAAUCGUAGGGUUCAUGCUAAGGUUUAUAAAUAAUUGUAAAACACUUAUGCCUAAACUUUCAGGUCCACUUCAAGUUGAUGAGUUAAAAAAUGCUCACAAUUGUCUAAUAAAAUUAGCACAGAAAGAUUCUUUCUCCAAAGAGCUGAACUUAAUUAAGAACGGCAAGUCUUUAAAGCCCACUCUUUUGAUUUCUCUUGAUCCAUUCUUGGAUAAAGACGGCAUCAUCCGUGUAGGAGGUCGACUUAGCUCAUCUAUGUAUUCCUUUGACAAGAAACACCCCAUCGUGUUAAAAGGAGAUCACGAGUUAACAAAAUUAUUAUUUCGUCAGGAACACUAUCGCCUACUACACGCUGGUCCUCAACUCCUUCUCGCCUCCAUGAGAGAGCGUUAUUGGCCGAUUGGUGGGCGAAAUGUUGCCAGACGCACGUCGCGUGAGUGCGUGGUUUGUCGCCGUAUAAAAGGCACGACAUUAACUAAUAUUAUGGGUAACUUGCCUGUGGAACGAGUACAUCCAAAUUAUCCAUUUUGCACCACUGGUACUGACUUUGCCGGUCCGUUCUAUAUAGCAGACCGUAAGGGCCGGGGAGCAAAAAUUGUAAAAUGUUAUUUAUGUAUUUUCGUUUGUUUUUGUUUCAAGUGUGUCCAUCUUGAGGCAGUAAGUGACCUUACUAUGGAUGCAUUUAUAUUAACAUUGAAGCGAUUUAUAGCUCGUAGGGGAAAACCUAAUAUUAUUUUUUGCGAUAACGGUAGAAAUUUUGUCGCAGCAUCUAAAGAAAUAAAUAUGUUUUUGAAAUCCAAGUCUAAUGCUACAGGUCUAGUUGAUUUUGCAGCUCGCGAGGGCAUCGAAUUCCGCAUGUCCCCGGCAUACGCCCCUAAUUUUGGAAGCCUUUUUGAAGCAGGUGUCAAAUCGGCCAAAUUCCAUUUAAAUCGUGUCUUAAAAAAUACACAUCUAACCUUCGAAGAACUAUUGUCCCUAUUUGCUCAGGUGGAAGCCAUCCUAAAUUCCAGACCUUUGUGUCCAUUGAGCCCCUCACCUAACGAUUUCUGUACUCUGACUCCAGGGCACUUUUUAAUAGGCAGGCCGCUCACUUCUUUCCCAUCGCCAUGUCUGGAAGACCGUACUACAAACCUUGAUAGAUACCAAAGGAUAGAGCAGGCUAGACAACAUUUUUGGAGGCGAUGGACUACGGAGUAUGUCGGAGAGCUACAACAGCGCACUAAAUGGAAAGUGCGUUGCAAGGAACUGUGCCUGAAUGACCUCGUCGUAAUUAAGGAUGACGUUGCGCCACCGCUCUGUUGGAGACUAGGGCGCAUUGCCAAGUUAUACCCUGGGCCAGAUGGAGUUCCAAGAGUCGCUGACAUCGCCACCAGCCGGGGCACCGUGAAGAGAGCAAUAAACAAGAUAUGUGUGUUGUCCAACUCAGACAACACAUAGAACUAUGAAGGCAAGCUUCAGCCGGGGAGGAUGUCUACGCCAGUACACCACAACACUAGGCACAUCCCGCCCGCGACCCCUCGCGCGGCAGCCAAUGGCUAUCGAACACGACAAUUUAAAUUUUAUUCCUGCGCGCGCACUACAAAUCUAGUUUUUCUAUUGUUUUUCUUU